AUGCCUCCCGGCGCCCCCCAGGUGUCGAAAUGUCCGCUCCGGACGAUCAAGGAGAUCCAGUUCGGGCUGCUCUCCCCCGAGGAGAUCAAGGCCAUGAGUGUGGUCCACAUCAUCUACCCGGAGACCAUGGACGAGCAGAAGCAGAAGCCGCGCGAGCAGGGUCUCAACGACCCCAAGCUCGGCACCAUUGACCGCAUGUACUCGUGCGCGACCUGCAAGGAGGACAUUCAGACCUGCCCGGGUCACUUUGGUCACAUCGAACUGCACACACCCGUCUUCCACGUCGGUUUCGUCGUGAAGAUCAAGAAGCUGCUCGAGACUGUCUGCCACACGUGUGGUCUGAUCAAGGCUGACUUCAACCAUCCUGACUGGGCCGCCGCCGCCAAGACCAAGGAUGCGAAGAAGCGUUUCGACAAGAUCUGGCGCAUGUCCAAGGGCAAGACCGUGUGCAUGCAGGAUGUGGACGACGGCAGCGACAAGAACAAGCUCCCCAAGAUCGCCCACGGCGGCUGCGGCAGCAAACAGCCAGACUCUAUCCGCAAGGAGGGUCUCAAGCUGACCGGCACCUGGAAACAGAGCAAGAAGGACGACGACGACGGCCAAGGCGACCGCAAGGAAGUCAUCACACCGAAGCAGGCGCAGACUAUCUUCAAGCUCAUGUCUGACAACACACUCCAACUGCUCGGUCUGAACGCCGACUACGCUCGCCCCGAAUGGAUGAUUCUCGAUGUCCUGCCAGUACCUCCACCUCCGGUUCGCCCCAGUAUCUCCGUCGACGGUACUGGUCAGGGUAUGCGUGGAGAGGACGAUUUGACCUACAAGCUUGGAGACAUUAUCCGCGCCAACGGUCGUGUCGCAGAAUGUCAGCAGGAGGGUUCGCCUGCUCACGUAACGGCCGAGUUUGAGGCUCUCGUCCAGUACCACGUCGCCACCUACAUGGACAACGACGCCAACGGUGUUCCACAGGCCAUGCAGAAGUCUGGCCGACCGCUCAAGACUAUCCGUGGUCGCUUGAAGGGCAAGGAGGGUCGUCUUCGUGGUAACUUGAUGGGAAAGCGUGUCGACUUCUCCGCACGUACUGUCAUCACCGGUGACCCUAACCUGUCACUGGACCAAGUCGGUGUGCCUCGAUCUAUCGCACGUACCCUGACAUACCCCGAGGUUGUCACCAAGUUCAACAUCAGCAAGCUGACGAACCUGGUGCGCAACGGUCCUAACCAACACCCUGGUGCCAACUACGUCAUCAAGGCCGACGGUGUCCGUCUCGACCUCAAGCACAACAAGAACCUCGACGACCUGCGGUUACAGUACGGUUGGAAGGUCGAGCGCCACAUUGACGACGACGAUGUCAUCAUCUUCAACCGUCAGCCCUCGCUCCACAAGGAAUCCAUGAUGGGACAUCGCGUCAAGGUCAUGCCCUACUCAACCUUCCGUCUCAACUUGUCCGUCACAUCACCCUACAACGCUGAUUUCGACGGUGACGAGAUGAAUCUUCACGUCCCCCAGAGUGACGAGACCCGCGCUGAGGUGCAGAACUUGUGCAUGGUUCCCAAGCAGAUUGUAUCACCACAGAAGAACCAGCCCUUGAUGGGUAUCGUGCAGGACACGCUUCUCGGUGUUUACAAGAUGAGUCGUCGUGACAACUUCAUCCCCAUCGAGCAGGUCAUGCCCAUCCUCAUGUGGGUGCCUGAUUGGGAUGGUAUUGUUCCAGAGCCGGCCAUUCUGAAGCCCCGGCCUCUCUGGACUGGUAAGCAGAUUAUCAGCAUGGCUUUCCCACGCGAGGUCAACAUUGAGAAGAAGGAGGCGGACUCCAAGCCCAAUGCAUACAACGACAUCGUCGACAAGUCGUUCGCUAUCAAGGGUGGUCAGCUGCUUUACGGUCAGGUCACAAAGAAGAUUGUCGGAGCCUCUGCAGGUGGUGUUAUUCACAUCAUCUUCAACGAGCUCGGACCGGAUGCAGCAGUCAAGUUCUUCAAUGCCUGCCAGCGCAUCUGUAACUGGUGGCUUCUUACGUACGGUUUCAGUUUCGGUGUGGGUGACACCAUCCCAGACCCCGCCACCUCCGACAAGAUUGCCUCCGAAAUCGGCAAGUCCAAGGCCAAGGUUGAAGAGAUCAUUGCGACGGCUACUAAGGACGCGCUUGAGCCCAUGCCUGGUAUGACGAUUCGUGGUACAUUCGAAUCCAAGGUCCAGAAGUUCCUUAACGAAGGUCGUGAGGGUGGAGGUACCGCUGCUCAGACCAGUUUGAAGGAUUUCAACAACGUUGUCCAAACUGUCGUCUCCGGUUCCAAGGGUUCCACUGUCAACAUCUCUCAGAUGGUUGCCCUUGUCGGUCAACAAGCUGUGGAAGGACAGCGUAUUCCUUACGGUUUCAAGUACAGGACACUGCCGCAUUUCUCCAAGGACGACUACUCGCCAGAGUCUCGUGGAUUCGUCGAAAACUCGUAUCUGCGCGGUCUUACGCCGUCGGAGUUCUUCUUCCACGCCAUGGCUGGUCGUGAGGGUUUGAUCGAUACAGCAGUCAAGACAGCUGAGACUGGUUACAUUCAACGUCGUCUCGUCAAGGCGCUCGAAGAUGUUAUGGUCAAGUACGAUGGAACUGUGCGUAACUCUAUGGGAGAUAUCGUUGAGUUCAUCUACGGUGAAGACGGUUUGGAUGGCGCACACAUUGAGAACCAGUCCAUGGAUAUCCUCAUGGCUUCCGAGGCCGACUUUGAGGAUGGAUACAAGCUUGACGUUCUCACGACGGACUACCCGGAGAUUCCAGUGUCGAAGCUGGAGGGUGCUACUAUGUUCCAGGGUGACGUCGACGUUCAACGAGCCCUGGACGAAGAGUUCGAGAUGAUCAAACUUGAUCGUCAGACUCUCCGCAAGAAUGUGACCGACGAGAACCUAGAGUCCUUCCAGUUGCCGCUCAACAUUCAGCGUAUGAUCCGGUCCGCUCAGGCGCGGUUUAAUAUCAACCCCGAGAAGGCUGUCAGCAACCUACACCCCAUCGAGACCAUCAGACAGGUGCAAGAGACUCUGGAGCGAUUGGUUGUCAUUCGUGGCACCGACGAACUGUCAAGAGAGGCCCAGAGCAGUGCAACGUAUCUGUUCAAGGCUCAUCUUCGCGCUCGUCUCGCAUACAAGAAGCUUGUCGUUCAGCAUCGCCUAAACAAGGAGGCCCUGAACUAUGUUCUUGGUGAACUCGAAGACCGCUUCCUCAAGGCCGCUGUCGCUCCUGGUGAGAUGGUAGGUGUUCUGGCCGCGCAAUCCAUCGGUGAACCCGCUACACAAAUGACGCUUAACACUUUCCAUUUUGCCGGUGUGUCUUCUAAGAACGUCACUCUCGGUGUGCCCCGUCUCAAGGAAAUUCUGAACGUCGCUGCCAACAUCAAGACUCCGUCUAUGUUGGUCCGCCAAACAGACUCCAAGGCCAGCCAACAGGAUGCCAAGCGCCUGCGAAGCACCAUCGAGCUCACAACCCUCCGCUCAUUGACACAAGCUGUUGAGCUUUACUACGACCCCGACAUCCAGUCCACGCUAGUUGAGGAGGACCAGGACAUGGUUGAGUCCUACUUCAUUCUUCCCGAAGAGGACGAAGUUAUCGAGUCCCAGUCCAAGUGGCUGCUUCGAAUCAUCCUCGACCGCAAGAAGUUGUUGGACAAGAGUAUCACCAUUGGCGAAGUUGCCGGCAAGAUCAAGGAAGAGUUCAAGCCCAACCUGGCAGUCAUCUUCAGUGACGAGAACGCCGACGAGCAGGUCAUGCGUGUUCGUUUCAUCUGGGACCAGAACCUUCAAAAGGAUGACGAGGAUGAGGACGAGCGUGACGAGCGAUGGAUGCGCAAGCUUGAGAAGCAUCUUCUCGAUGACGUUACGCUACGUGGUGUUCGCGGUAUCGAGCGUGCUUUCAUCCGAGACCACAUCACUACCGUUGAGUUGGCAGACAAGUCUCUUGUACACUCGAAGAACAAGGACGAGUGCAAGGAGUGGGUGCUCGAUACUACAGGUACUGCACUGGCCGAGGUGCUUGCCAUUGAGGGCGUUGAUGCCACCAAGACCUACUCCAACUCUUUCAUCGAGAUCCUCGCUGUUCUUGGGAUCGAAGCGGCUCGUGCAGGUCUUCUCAAGGAGCUUGGUAUGGUCUUGUCCUUCGACGGUUCUUACGUCAACCAUCGUCACAUGGCCUUGCUCGUCGACAUUAUGUGCCAGCGUGGUCUUCUCAUGGCCAUCACCCGUCACGGUAUCAACCGUAACGACACUGGUGCUCUUAUGCGUUGUUCUUUCGAAGAAACAGUCGAGAUUCUCCUGGAAGCUGCCGGAUUUGGUGAGCUGGACGACUGCCGUGGUGUAUCUGAGAACAUCAUGCUCGGUCAGUUGGCGCCUAUGGGUACUGGAGAGUUUGACGUCGUCAUGGACAACGCCAUGCUUCUCACCAUGGUGGAGGACAACUCCAAGAUGAUGGGUGGCGCUGCUGGCGCUGGCAACUACCUGAGUGACGGGGCCAACACACCCUAUGACUUGGGCUCUCCUACGUACGAGGGUGGCAUGGGUGUCGGCUCUUACGAUCAGGUUUCGUUCUCUCCUAUGGCUGCCGCUGGUGGAGGUGACGAUUCCGGUGGUCUCACUGACUAUGGUCGUAUGUACGGAGGUGGUGGUUUCAGCCCCGGCGGGUACGACGGAGGCAGAAGCCCGGGUGGUUCAGGCUUCACUGGCAUGUCCCCUGGCUUUACCAGCCCGGUGUCUCCAGGCUUCUCACCAACCUCGCCUGGUUACUCGCCUACCUCGCCUGGUACUGCCAGCCCUCGUUUCGCCGCAACAUCACCAGGAUACAUGGCUUCGCCUACAUCCCCGCACUACUCGCCUACAUCGCCUCGAUACGGCUCACCCACAUCACCGUCGUACUCGCCCACAUCUCCUGCUGGCUACUCCCCGACGUCGCCUCAAUACUCUCCCACAUCGCCCAACUACAGCCCGACGUCCCCAACGUUCAUGGGUGGCGCGACGUCCCCCGCGUACAGCCCGACGUCGCCACAAUACAGCCCCACAUCGCCGCAGUACAGUCCCACAAGCCCUCAGUACCAAGCGAGCAGCAACAGGCAGUCUCCAACUUCACCCACGUCGCCGCAAUACAGCCCGACGUCGCCUCGCUACUCGCCCACCAGUCCAGCAGGCUCCUUCUCACCUACCUCUCCGCGCUACAGCCCUACCUCUCCGGGCGGAGCGUACUCUCCUACGUAA